AUGGGCACCCUCCGUGCAGCUGCAACCCCAGGAGAUACAGAUGGCUUGGGAGCUCCCUGGCACCUGCUGUGCUGGGGCACCAGCAGCCAGGACGUGCCCGGCAGGGACCCCGACAGCGUGGUGCUCUGCUUGCUGGCCACGGACGAGGAGGACGAGGGCGACAUCGCCCUGCAGAUCCACUUCACGCUCAUCCAGGCCUUCUGCUGCGACAAUGACAUCCACAUCCUGCGCGUGUCGGGGAUGCAGCGGCUGGCGGGCCUCCGUGGGGGGGCCGGCAAGGGCGAUCGGCCCCAAUUCUGGAAGUGA